AAUUAAAUACACUACUGCAAUGUUUUUUUAAAAAAGUUCGACGAUUUUUUUUUAUACGUCAAUUUUAGAUAUAAAGUUGCAUUUUUGUAAAAUAAUUUUAAUUAACAUAAAUUUAAAUUAUAAAAAAUUCCUUUGUCCGGCUUCUCUGAAAUUCUUCCACCGGGGAAAAGUACAAGAACGGAACGAUUGAGAACGCAGUUGUUUCGGCAACAAAACCAUUACAGGGCAUCUAGGGUUUCUGCAAACCCAAAUUGAAGUUCAAAUUUCUGGAGAGUAGAGAGAGAUGUUGAGCAAAGGCCACGACGCCAUGGAGGUGGCGAAGACGGUGUUGGAGGUGGCGGACGUGGCGUGGACCGCCAUAGAAUGUUGUCACCACCACCACGACGAUGACAAUCUCAAGGAUCGGGAAGCCGUCAGCGAGAACAAUAGCUGUUUGUCUUCAGAGCAAGAGUUGGAGGCCCUACGAUCGGAAAAUUGCCGCCUUAGAGGUUUACUCGGGGAGAAUCUCAAACUACUUCAAAAUCUUUCCCAAGCUCCGGGUCUUUCCAAAGAUUGCCCUCCGGACUUGUAUGCCCGUCUUGUAGCUACUGUGGAUUCUAAACAUUUUUUGAGUCAACUUAAGUCCAUCCAUCAGGCAUCAGCUAAUGGAACUGGCAAUGAAUUUCCUUUCAAGAAGGCCACAGGAGCUGAUUUGCAUUCAGCUGAAAUUCUUAUCAAUAUUGACCUUGGAGAACCAAGUUGGUGGGUGUGGGUCACAGAUGAAAUGGUUCCAAGUAAAGUUGAAGAAUACUGUGAGAUUGAUGAUGAAAAUUAUGUGGUUGUCAGCGAGGAACAUGUCGUGGAUGGGGUUGCCAGCUUUAUAGCUAGAUGCAUUUUGUCAAACCCGAAAGCUCUGAGUUUUACACCUGAGGAACUGCAGAAAACUGUGGCAAAAGCAUUGUGUGACAUGAACAAGUUAGAGAAGAUGUUACACAUUUGGCAUGCUGGAAAGAUGUUUUAUACUCUUUCAACAUGGGGUCUUGCUCUAGCUGGGUUGUAUAGGAGCCGCACUAUAUUGAAACUUGCUGCAAACGGAGUUCAUGCCACCAGCAAAGUUGUUCUAAGGGCUCUCUGAAUCUGGAUGGACUCCUGAAUGUGAAUGGCACGAGUUUAUCUUCGCUGUACAGAUCAUCAAAACAAUUCUCUUCCUGUCAUCCCUAUUCUACACGAAUAAUUGUGAAUAGCAUUUGUUGUUGUAUCUGGUUAAUUGAUAUAUCUUCUACAUUCUGGAUAAAAUGCAUCGAAUUGGGUUCAUCUCCAGUCUUGAUGAUCUAGGUCUUCAGAUUAUUUAUGCUGGAGGAUAUGCUUGUGUUGGAUAUAAAAGAAUCAAAGAAAACCAAUCUGUCAAUCCUUUUUUUUUUUUUUUUUUGAGAAAUCAAAUUUAUUUUAGCA